AUGGUGAGUGACACAUGGCCCUUACCUGCUAUCCAAGAUCUCUUGGAAGACUUUGGUGGUAGAUCCAUAUUCACGACAAGAGAUUUGUUGAAAGGGUUUAACCAAAUUGCCGUGCAUGGUUCAUCGAUUCCUAAGCUCACGAUGGCCACACCUUGGGGAAAAUUUUCCUACCGCGUUAUGCCCUUUGGUGUAAUCAAUGGUCCUAGCUGCUUUUCACGUGCCAUCUACAUGGCUAUGCAAGGCUAUCUUAACGACUUUGUUGCAACGUACAUCGAUGACAUUGUGAUCUACUCAUGGGAUUUUGAUGAGCAUGUGGACCACUGUCGCAAGGUUCUGGAACGUUUACGUGCUGUACGCAUGAAGAUCAAGCCGUCAAAAUGUUCAUUCGCACAAGGAGAAGUUGAAUUUUUGGGCUUUUUGGUAUCAGCAAGAAGUGUGCGUCCAAACCCAAAGAAGGCGGAAAAGAUGUUGAACUUGGCAGGUUUUCAUCGGGAUCAUGCCGAUGGUUUUGGUGAGCUCGUUGCUCUUUUGAAUGAAUUGUUAAAAAAGAAUAAGUCGUUUGUAUGGGAAGAUAAUCAAGAACGAUCUUUUGGUACAUUGAAGGAAGCGUUGUCAAAUUUCGCUAUGCUCAAGUACCCCAAUCCUGCUGAGGUGUAUCGUUUAUAUGCGGAUGCUUCGGAAGUUGGUAUAGGAACGGUGUUUACCCAAUGUGAUCAAGAUGUUGAAGCGAGGAGACCCAUACGCUUUCUAUCCCGGAAAUUGAAGCUAUCUGAUACCUUCUUACCAAGACGGAUGCCAAUCAAAGAUUACGACGUUGGGUUAUGGCGGUUCAAGAGUUCAAGUUUCAUGUUCAUCAUUUACCUGGGAUAA